AUGCUGAGAGCCAUCAAAUCCAUCAAGGAUCAUCCAUAUACACAAUAUGUGGGAUUAGGAUUAGCUGGAUUAAUUAAAACAGAGGUUCAGGAUGGAUCCAAGAAAUCCAAACUCCAGUUAAUCAGAUUGAGUGCGGCGGUGUGCGGUAUCGAAUUGUGUUAUGCGGCCGAAACAGCAUUUGUUAGCCCGGUGCUUCUCAAACUUGGUGUUCCCGUUGCAUUGAUGACGUUGGUUUGGUGCGUUAGUCCAAUAUUAGGCUUCUUUCUCGUUCCUUUAAUGGGGUCUUUAAGUGAUCGGUGUCCUUUUCAGAUGGGACGUCGGCGUCCGUUCAUAUUGCUCAUGUCCGCUGGCAUAAUUAUAGGACUUUUGUUAGUGCCGAACGGGGAGAGUCUCGGCAUCCUUUUGGGAGACACGGGGGAUGAAAUCCUUCAUGGACAUAUUAACCGAAACUACAGAAUUCUCCUCACCAUAUUUGGUGUUGCUUUUCUGGAUUUUAAUUGUGACGCUUGUCAAUCUCCUUGUCGAGCUUAUUUAUUGGAUGUGACCAUUCCGGAAGACCAUUCGGCUGGAUUGACUAUGUUUACUGUGAUGGCCGGGAUCGGGGGAUCAAUCGGAUAUCUUAUGGGUGGAGUGGAUUGGAACGCAACAGAAUUCGGAACCGCAUUCGGUGGUCAUAUACGAGUUGUGUUCUUUUUAGUUCUAAUAGUUUUUAUUCUAUGUGUUCUGUCGACCGUUACAAGUUUUCGUGAGCUGCCAUUGAAAGAGCUCGACACUUACGGUACGAUUUCAGAUCCCUUUCCCACUACAACAAAGGAGAAAGAUUCAGUAUUGGAUAUUACAAAGAACUUAGCUCCGUCAGUUCGGAAAGCCAGUUCUAUGACGGAGGUGGAUGCUCAGUAUAGCAGUCAGUUGGAAUUAGCAAAUCCGGGAGAUUCCGAAAGUGAUCCGACGAUUGAAAUAUCCACAGAUAUCACACUGAAGACUUAUCUGAAAUCCAUAAUUCAUAUGCCAUGGUCUAUGUUUAUAUUGUGUUUGACGAACCUGUUCUCCUGGAGUUCUUUAGUGUGUUACUCCCUGUAUUUCACGGAUUUUGUGGGCCAGAGUGUAUUCCAUGGUAAUCCAAAAGCCCCGGUCGGAAGUGACUCGCAUAAUAGAUACGACCACGGCGUGCGAUUAGGAUCUUUAGGAAUGUCUUUGUAUUCUUUCUCGUGCGCUUUAUAUUCUUUAGGUAUCGAUAGAUUGGUCCGACGGUUUGGGGCUAAGAAUGUAUAUGUAUAUGGACAGCUAGCCUACUCCAUUGGCAUGAUCAUAUUAGCAAUAAGUCGACAUAAAGUAGCGGUGAUACUAUUAUCUCCUUCAGCUGGUAUUAUGUACGCGACGCUCUUCACUAUGCCCUAUCUUCUAGUCGCUCAUUAUCAUACUCAAGGAUUGUUUACGCCAAAAGAAACGAGUUUAGGAGACAAACAUGAUAAGCAACAAAUCCGUGGUUUAGGGACUGACGUAGCUUUAGUUAGCUCCAUGGUGUUUUUAGCUCAGUUUUUAUUAUCUAUAUGUGUCGGUAGUAUCAUAAACGCCGUUAAAAGUACAGUCGCUGUUGUUGCAGCUGCCGCCAUUUUGAGUUUUUGUGGAGCUAUAUCGGCUACUCAAGUAGUAUAUUUAAAUCUAUGA